AUGAAACUCUCGCCAUCACUCAUCCCAGCCCUCAUCUCUACUGCCUGGGCCGCAGCCAUCCCGGAUACCAGCGAUACCAGCGUAGCAGCCUUUGAGGACAACCACUACGAUGCCGUCGUCGUCGGAGGCGGUCCCUCGGGCCUGGCGGCGCUCAGUGGCUUGGCUCGCGUGAGGAGAAAGGUCUUGCUGAUCGACUCUGGAGUCUACCGAAACGCCCCGACUCGGCACAUGCACGACGUUCUGGGCUUUGACGGUGUCACGCCGGCCUACUUCCGCUGGGCGGCCCGGAAGCAAAUCGAAUUCUACGACACCAUCCAAAUGACCAACGGCACCGUCGUGUCCAUCACAGCCCCAGACGCCACCAUCAACAGCAACACCACGACCCCUUACUUCACCGUCACCACCGCCUUCGACGGCGGCUCCGACGCGACCCGGAACAUCUCGGCACGGCGUAUCAUCCUCGGCACCGGCCUCCGGGACCUCCUCUCCGAUACCCCCGGCAUUCGGCAAAACUUCGGAGAGGGGCUGUAUUGGUGCCCGUGGUGCGAUGGCCAUGAGCACGCCGAUCAGCCGUUCGGCGUCAUCGGGCCGCUGUCCAGCGUGCCCUCGAACGUCCGGGAAGUGUCGACGCUCAACAAGGACAUCAUCGUGUUUGUCAACGGCACCGACACCGAGGACAACCGCAAGGCCCUGGACACGGCGAGCCCCGGAUGGCAGAGCCUGCUGCAGUACCGCAACAUUACGAUCGAGAACCGGACGAUUUCGGCCGUGGUGCGGCUGCGCGACGGCUCGACCGCGAACAACGGCACAAACGCGACGGCGGCAGCGCUUCCCUCGGUGGAGGAGUACGACCUGUUCCGCGUGGAUUUCGAGGAGGGCCCGUCGAUAGAGCGUGCAGCCUUCAUCCUGAGCAUUGCCAACGAGCAGGCGUCGUGGGUGGGCCGGGACAUGGGAGUGGCGCUGUACGGAGAGGGUCGCAUGUACACGGACUCGAACCUUCUGACUAACAUCAAGGGCGUGUACGCGAUCGGUGACGCUAAUCUGGACAACUCGACUAAUGUGCCACACGCUAUGUACACUGGCAAGAGGGCGGCCGUGAACUGCCACUUGGACCUUGCCAAGGAGGAAGCCUCAAAGGACAUCUACAUCGAGCAGCUGAACUCUUCGUCGAGCGGCUCCACGAAGCGCAGCGUCCCGCCGACUCCGCUCGACCCCCGGGCGCUGUGGAACGUGGUCAAUGGCGACCUGGACGACGUCCUCUUCGCCGGCGAGUAUGAUCAAUGA